GGUCAUCUCGACCGUCAGCUGUAACUGACGUCACGCUAAAGAACUUCACAGCCGGGCGUUACAGCUUAUGUCCACCUAUAGGUUUCCACUGCACACAAAACAUCCCGCGAGAUAAUCAUAUUCUCUAUCUACGCUACUCUCACUCUAUAUCUUCCCUAACACAUCACUAUGCUUUCCUCUCAAGCACCAGGAUACGCCAAGACCCGCCGCGAUGCCCGAGAUAUUCCGCAACGGGACAACUGUGCCCACGAUGCGGUUCCGUCCCAACGUCGGAAUCCACAACCAGGCGCCCCAGUCGAGGCACCUCUUAUCGAUCAGCCGCGACAGCCCUACCCUCCCUACACACAAUACAAUCACAAUUAUGCGGGUCCACCCCCCUCCUACCACACCAAUCCAUCUGUCACAUCCCUUAAAACUCCUCAUCGCAAAUCCCAUACUGCCUAUCCGACUCCACCAGAUAGCCCCGAGUAUACGACCUACUUGAAAGUAGAUCAAACUGAGCCAGAGCGUGCGGCCUCUCUCACGUUCGAUGAUGUUACCAGUCAGCCGCCCCAGCGUAUGGAGUCCACCCGUUCUGUCCAGACAGUUUCCACAAUACGCCUUGAGGAUCUUAGUAUUCUCCAUCCCCCACCUGGUCCCGAUUCUCCUCGCCGUAAUGCCUUAGUGUACGACGAAGCCGCGUAUCCUACCUCCUUUUCUCCGGGUCGAAGUCCUGGAGCUGAGCUGGCUAGAAUCCUAGCCACUGAAAGUGUCACGACUCUUCCGCGCUAUGCUUCAAUGGCACCAUCUGACAGCGACCUUGCCGUUCACGAAUGCAGUGGUAGCGAUGUUGUCGCUGAUCUUGACACUGCCCGAAACACAGCAGCAGACCUGUGGAAACGGACUAUCGUAUGUUCCAAAUGUAAUGGAACAGCUGUGUGCGGAGGAAAUCAGGCAAACGCUAUUUGAACUGUAUUCUGAGUUAGCGACGUUAAUCGCAUACUUGUCUAGAUACCCAAAUUCUCUAUCAAAGACGUCGAUUUGAAGGCUACCGAUACCUCUCCUUGUCCUUCGCUCGACGUGGUUCUC